GAAGCCGUCCCCACCCGAGUUCGAUUCCUGCUCUCGCCCACCAACUCGGCCUGCGACGAUGAUCUUGAACCGGGUCCUGGGCCUCCCCUAGGUCGACUCAGCCUUCGAACGGAGACGGAGCUCUCGGAGGGUGGAGGAAGAAGAGGAGGAGGAGGGGGGAGACUGAAGUGGUUGCAGGAGACGGGGGCGAGGAACUGAGAGGCAACACGAAAGCGGCUGCGGCUGCGUGGAGACGCCAAGUUGAAGGGGAGCUGAUUCCAGCCUCGUGGAACAGGUGAUGCGCAGGGUGCCCGGGCGUCAUGCCGAGUGAGUUUGUGGUGCGGGAGGAGGCGGCGGCGCUGGUGGCGCGCCACCGCCUGCACGUGCGCCAGCGCUACGGCGUCGCCCUCGAGCUGGACGGCGCCGCGCCGCUCGGCGGCUCGCGCUGGGUGCGGCUCAGCGGCGGAGACGGCAGCCAGCGGCAGCGGGCCAAGGACUACAUCGUGGCGCUGUGCUCCCCGGACUCUGCCGCCACGGCGACCGGAGAUCACCGCGACGCCGCCGCCGCCGACGCCGCCGGCAACGGGAGGACGGCGGCGGCGGGCGAGGAGGAGGAGGCGGGCGACGCGGCGCAGCCGGGCGACGAGUCGAGCUACCAGCUGUGCCUGGACUUUGCGCGCAAACUCGGCUACUCCGAGUCGCAGAUCCGCGACGCCAUCGGCCGGCUGGGGGGCGCCCCCCUGCACAACACGCUGCUGGAGGAGCUGCUCAAGCACGGAGCGGCCGCGCCGGCGGCGGCCCUGGCCGAGGGGGCGGCCGGCGGCGGCGCCGGCAAGGCGAGGGGAGCGGCGGCGGCGUCGGCGUACGAUGAAGGAGGGCAGGAGCGGCUGCCGCGGGUGUUGGUGGCGCGUGGGGGCGGGGACCCAGAGCCGCCCGCUGACCCCGCGCCGCCCUUUGACCCCGACGACAGCUCCAACCUGCGUCACAUCGUCAUCGACGGCAGCAACGUGGCGAUGAGCCACGGCAACAAGGAGGUGUUUUCCUGCCGGGGCAUCGAGCUGGCGGUGAGCUGGUUCCUGCAGCGCGGCCACAAGGAGGUCACGGUGCUCGUGCCGACCUGGCGCCGGGAGCAGCCGCGAGCCGACGCUCCCAUCACUGACCAGCAGAUCCUGAGCGAGCUGGAGCGGCGCCGCGUGCUCGUGUUCACGCCGUCGCGGCGCGUGCAGGGCCGCCGCGUCGUCUGCUACGACGACCGCUUCAUCGUGCGGCUGGCGCACGAGUCGGACGGCGUCAUCGUCUCCAACGACAACUACCGCGACCUGCAGAGCGAGAAGGCCGAGUGGCGACGCUUCGUGGAGGAGCGCCUGCUCAUGUACUCCUUCGUCAACGACAAGUUCAUGCUGCCCGACGACCCGCUGGGCCGUGACGGCCCCACUCUGGAGAACUUCCUGCGCAAGGUGCCGGUGCCGACGCAGAACAAGCGCGUGCCGUGCCCCUACGGCAAGAAGUGCACCUUCGGCAACAAGUGCAAGUACUCGCAUCCGGAGCGCGCCAACCAGAUCCAACUGUCCGUGGCCGACGAGCUGAGGGCAGCUGCCGGGCAGCAGCAGCAGCAGGAGGCGGCGGGGGUGGUGGGGGUGGUGGGGGCGGCGGAAGCAACGUCGGAGGGCAGGGGGGCGCCGGCGGGCAGCCCGUCGCGUGCCGGCGCUCGCUCGCACAGGAAGGAGGCCGAGGUCCAGCAUCAGAGCGGCAAGCCGCCGGGAAAGCCGUUUCCCGCCCACCACCACCAGCAGCAGCAGCAGCAUCAGCCGCCGCCGACGACGCCGUCGAAGGCGCAGCAGCUUCAGCCGAGUCAGCUCGCCGUCCCGCAGCUCCAGAAUCAGCCGGCGCACGGGUACCACCACCACCACCAGCAGCAGCAACAGCAGCAGCAACAGCAGCUGCAGCUGCAGCAGCAGCACCAGCUGCAGCUGCUACAGCAGCAGACGAGGGCCGGCACGGCGGCUGCGGUGGGCGUGUGGGGAGCGCUCGACUGGCCGGAGGGGGGCGAGGAGUGCUCGCAGCAGGACUCGGGGUACAACUCGCUGCGCCAGCUCUCUGCAGCGUCGCAGGAUGGCGCCGCCACGCUGCCGUCCGCCCCCACCGGCGGCGGCGGCGCAGGCGUCGUGUACGGCGCGGGCUGCUACUCCGACCCCGGCAUCGCGAGCGACCCCUCGCCGGGGCAGUACCGCCAGACGCAGUACUACCAGCACGACGCGUACGCCGUGCAGGGCCCCUCGAAGCUGCCCCCGCAUCACCCUCCCCCGCACCCUUCGCAUCAACAGCAUCACGCCAAUCAUCAACAGCAUCUUCACCCUAAUCAGCAGCAUCAUCAUCAGCAGCAGCAGCAGCUUCAUCAGCAUGCUCACCAUGGCAGCCAUGGAGCUCCGUUCAACCCGGCCGCUGCGGCAGAAGGGCAGCUCGCGGCGACAUUCCCGGGAGGCAGCGGCGCGUACCGUCCCGAUCUCCCGUACGGCGCUCCGUGCAGCUGCUGCGUCCACUUCCCAGCUCAGAAGCAGCAGCAGCAGGUGCAGCAGCAGCUGGCGCCAGGUGCGUUCAUGUCCGACGGCUUCCUGUACGACAGCGGCUCGAGCGUGCCGCUGCCGCAGCCCAACUCGUGGCACGGGCCGCUGGGCCAGCCGGCGGCGGCGGCGGCGUACCGCUCGCUCUACCCGCAGCACUCGUCACACCCGCCGGCGCACCACCACCACCACCAGCAGCAGCAGCAGCAGCCGUACCACAACCACCACCAGCAGCAGCAGCAGCGGUACCAGCCGCGACACUACCCGCCCAACGCUCAGUCGGCGCCGUUUCAGAACGCCGCGGUGGGCGGUGGCGACGAUGGAGCCACGGAGCAGCUGCGGGCGCAGGUUUACCGGAACCUGUGCGGAGUCUUCCCGCAGCCCGUGGUGGAGCGCGUGAUGGCGAUGCACCCCCACGUCACGGAUUCGCAGGAACUGGCGACGUACUGCGUCAAGAUGAAGGCCUUGCCGCCCCCGCCGGCGGUGGCCGCCCCCAUGCAGCCGCCCAGGUCCUACUAGGCCGGGCGGCACGGUGGCGCACCGCUGGGCAAAGGACGACGGGCCUCUGGGUUGGGCUGCCCCCCCCCCCCCCCCGCCUGGCCAGCAACGAGUUGGCACCGUUGGGAGUGCGAUUGUAGGCGAAGAGCGUGGGGACGCAUUUUGUAGGAAUUUUACUGCGGGUGUUUGUUGUUGUCGUUGUUGUUGUUAUACGAGUCGCUCUCGAGCGUUCGUCUUCCAGUGCUCGCAACCAAAAGCAGCGGGCCCCUGUCCGCUGAAGCAUUAUUGCGGCGCGCAUUCUCUCUUCUCUGUUCUCGUGCUUGAUUUGGGCGACCUCUUGACCUCGACGACAGCGCAGGGUCCUGUCCUGUGGCAGGUGUCACGUGCUCGCCAAGGUUGCGUUCGGUUGUCGCGAAAGCGGCGGCUACGAGAGGUUAACUCGCUCGCCUGGUAUGCAGGAGGUCGUGGGUUCGAUACCGACAUUGAUGCCUGCUGCUGUUUAUUUAGAGUUUGCGUGUCUCUCUCAUCAUCAUCACGGUGGCUAGGAGAUGUUAACUACCUCGCCUGGUCUACAGGAGGUCCUGGGUUUGAUCCCAAACCUCCUGACGCCUGCUGCGUGUUUUUUCUCCGGGCCGUCUAGUUUUUCCCCUCCACAUUCAGAAUCAACGUGCGUAUAAAUGUCGACACGAUGAUAAGCCACUUCGUCGAGCUAACCUUUGUGACAGCCAGGGUCGUUUUUGAGAAAAUAGCCACACCGUGGCUCGGUGGGGGCCUUGCAGCGGGUCAAAUAAAAGUCGCGGUGGUAGUCGCGCUGUGAACGCCUGCCGGUGGCUUUCGCAACACGGCCGCGUCCAGCGCAUAGCCGCGUAAUCGCUGACGCGCGAUUGCAUAACGCUAAUCGAUCGUCGCGCUCGGGCAGCGGAUAACCGAACUCCAUCCCCGCCCCCAGCGCCCCCCCCCCCUCGCGUGCCCCCCGCCCAUGCCCCUACCUCCACCCCCGUGUGCAGCAUUGGGUGGUUCUCAACGCAAGCGAAGCUUGGUUCGAGCAAAGGAGCCCGAUUCUGCUGCUCCGUUAAACCAAUGCGAGCGAAACUGACCGCUGAUGAAACCAACGAAUGUCGAAUCCGGUCUGGAGUUUGCACGUGUUGUACCGAUGGUUCAAGCGAACCUCACCGCUGAUGAAAGAACGAAUGUGGAAACUGGUGCAGAGCCUUGCACGUAUUGUACCGAUGGUUCAAGCGAAUCUUACCGCUGAUGAAACAAUGAAUGUGGCAAGCGGUCCAGAGCCUUGCAUGUAUUGUACCGAUGCGAGCCUGACCGCUGACGAGACAACGGAUGUCGAAACUGGUGCAGAGUUUUGGUUCGUGCUGAAGCAGCAGUGUGUGCUGCCGGUGACAAGAUGCGCUCUCAGAAGGGCCGUGUGGCUGACGGGAUGUGUGAACGAAAAAAAAAACAAUGUAUAUUCACUUUGUGCUCGUACGUGUGGAGAAACGCAUGGGGAAAGAAGAGGCGUUAUUUAUUUAUCUUGCAAACGUACACGCAGGGUGAUUGUGUUCGUGAAUGGACUUGUGGCGCUUUCUUUUCGAUUGUUUUAGGUUAUAAACCAGAGUAGUUUAUUGUAACUGUGGGAUUAAAGAAGCAUGCUAGGUUGUAACGUUACUGUGCGGUCAUAAGCCAUUAAGGGAGCGUAAGGUUUACCGUAACCUAACGAGACAGUCGCCAACAUUGCUGGCAUUAUCAAACAACUAUCACCGUCGUCGUCAUCAUCCACUGCUGGAUGAAGGCUUCCUCAUGCUGUUGGAGCGGGUGAGCGAGCAAUUGCAGGGCUGUGCCUUUGCCUUUUGCCCAUUGAAUCGGUGCUCUGCCGAAUGUUUGGCGGAGUAGAUGACCGUGUGCCCCGUCACGUGACUCACAGCCCCAUCAUGUGACCUUCGCGCCCCCGUCAUGUGAUUUUCGCGGCCCGGUCACGUGACCGUCGUGGCCCCGUCACGUGAGAGUCACGACCUCGUCACGUCCUCAUGACGUGGUCAGCGUGCCCCGUCAUGUGACAGUCACAUUUCCGUCACGCCCUCGUCACGUCCUCAUGACGUGACCGCGUGCCCCGUCACGUGACAGUUACGACCCCGUCACAUGCGUCAGAAGCAUUACCGGACUCCGGGGUCGUCGAGUUGCGAAGAUGCACGAAGACUCCCGUGGGUCCGUCGGGCUUGCGACGGGCGAACUGCUGUUGAAGAACUUCUGAGCGAAGCAUUUUUUUUAAGUUCUGAAAAGUGUAAAAAAAACA